AGUUCAACGGCACAUAGAAGAAGAUGGAUGGAAGACGUUCAUAACUGAUGCUGCCACCUACAGGAGAUUCAGCGAUUUCAGGGGCCAACUGACUCUGGAGAGGUUCAGUGAAGCACCAACAGGGAGUGUACUUGGAGAGGAGUUGUGGGAUAGCUUGAAGGUGCCAUUCGACAGGAGUAUCAUCCUUUGGCACAUCGCCACAAAUCUCUGCUUUCACCGGCCCGUGGACAAGCCAUCAUCCUUCCCUCGAGGAUGAAGUGGCCUUACGCAACGUAGUAUGGAGAUGUCCGACUACAUGUUAUACCUGCUUUUCAUCCGCACCGAGAUGUUGUCGCCCGGCACCAGACCGGGUCUCUUCACCGUCGCCAUAUAUGAUCUAGAGGAAAUCUUGAAGAACAGCAAGGCAAAGCUCCAGGAUGAAGAAGCACUUGCUCAAGAGAUUAUUCAACAGACGGUCGGGAGUACUCUGAUUCACAAAGCUUGCAGGCUCGCUAUGUCAUUGAUGGACCUGCAGGAAGAGGAGAUGUGGGAGAUAAUCCAGGGCGUGUGGGUGGAGAUGCUCUGCUACUCUGCGAGUAGAUGCAGAGGAUUCCUGCACGCCAAGAGCCUGGGUGAAGGCGGGGAAUACCUCUCCUAUGUGUGGCUCCUCUGGUCAUACAUGGGGAUGGAGACAUUGGCGGACAAGAUUCACAAGCCCGAGUCUCCGAAAGAAAAGGAGAUCCUUGUUGAGGACGAUGAAUUGGCUUCUUCGUCCCACCGUGGACUCAGCCACCAAACUUCAACAGCAGGUAUCCCUAGCCCAGUGUGACUUCAUUCCUUCGUGUUAUUCCUGUUACUAUG